AUGUCUAGGUACACUUGGGAUAGAAUCCCACAGGCAUUGUCCCACACCUUACAUGUGUACCAGGCAGCUUUCCAAAGACAGAUACCCUAUCAGGAUGGCCUAAUACGUGAAUUUUUCAGGCGUUCAGCUGACGGAUACGAAUAUUUCCAUAAGUCCAAGCUACAGCAUCAUAGCAUGAACAAGAAGCACUUCGAGCCCAUGGUGGCCGAGGUUCUAGAGCCAAUUACGAGAAAUGCUCUUAAGCCCGAAGGCAUCGAGGCCCUUACUGUCGACGACAUUAUGGCCAAGGCGGGCUUCGAUAUGAAACCCACUGAGGCUCUCAUCAGCGAUAAGAGAACUCACACCAGAAACACAAGUGACUUUCAGGCCCACAUUAUAUCCUCAUUUGCAGCUGCCUGCUCACCAUUCCAGAGCUUGCCGAAGGCUAGAGGCUCCACAAAAUCAUUUCAUUGGUACAGAAAGCUCCUCAAUUCCACCCCAAUAAUCAUAUUCCUACGCCAGAAGCAAAGGCUACUAGCAGAUGCGACGCUUCUGCAAAUCAAUCUUCCGUUGGAGGAUCUCCGAGAACAAAUAGAAGCAGCAGCAUCGAAAUAUCGUCGUUCUGACUCUCCGAGUCAAAGGAUACGAAACUACCAUUUGACUGACAUGGUGACAACCGAUUUGUUCCGCCUUGCCUCUCUAGCCCUGAACGAAAGCAACGUAACAGACUGGCACGAUGUUAAUCUCUGGGAAUCGCUACAGAACCCAGAUCCACUCAGCGACAAGCUUAUGGAGAUGCAAAGACCACAGAUCGUGAAGAACAAAGCAGCAGUCCCCUUAACGGAUAACAUCGAAGGAGAGUAUCCGUUCAAAGAUUUACAGAAGAAAAUCCUCACUCAGGACGGGCUCCACCUAGAUGGAUAUCCAUACGAUGUGCAUUACUCAGAUAUGUACAUCCUUACAAUCGAGGAACCUGUUAUUCAGGACAGCCACGGGCCCCUCCUUGAUGUUCUAGAGCUGAACAAUGAGAUCGAAGUUGUGGCUGCCCGUAUGAACCUCAAUUUCCCAGACGUCAAUGGACUUCUUUCCAAGGCAGUACCACAGCGCAUUCGCAGCCAAAGCAUGAACUACAACGACUUGCUCAAAUUGGCCCAGAACAACGAGAAGCCGUCCAAUAGUGACUUCCUUGAACGUUUAGGACACCUUGGCCUUGUCUCCGUCGAAAAGGGUAUCGCUAAAAACACCAUCUCUAUCAUGGGAGCCUGA